AUGUAAUGGUUUGGCAGAGAUAAUGUGAGAAUUCAAGCUAAUCUGUGUUUAUUCCCAUGAGACAAUCACAUUUGUGUGGCUGUUCAUUUUGCAGUAUGCCCCAACAGAGUCCAAGUCAAUUACACCAGAUAGUCAUUUAGAGAGACGUUUAUUAUGCACAACAACCUGCAUGCACAAAACACCAAACAAGUAAAAAGUCUAUUUGGUUUCUCAUCUUAUGCAUUUAUAAACAACAUUGCAUUGCAUAUUACAGCCCAGUACAGUCAUAUCCUUACACUGAGUUAUGUAAAUGAGCAGACCCUGAAGUGUUUAAAUGAGGGCGCAACUGUCUUUUUAAAAGGCAGUGACAUGUAGCGACACCUCCACCCCUUUUUUAUUUGGCAGAUGAUGUCACUGUGGCUUUCCUUAGACCUUGGACAAAUGAUGUGAGCCUCUGUGUGGAGUUCCUCCUCUUUACCUCUCUCUCUCUCUCCCUCGCUCUCCCUCUGUGUCUCCAUUCUCCAUAUCAUACUCCACUGCUCUCUUCGUGAACAGAGGGGCUGCCGGUGAGGAAACUUGACUCCGUCCCCUCUUUUCUUUCUCUUUUUUCUAUCUAUCCCUCUUUUAUCCUCCAGCAGCGAUGUAGUCCUCUCUCUAACUUUAACAUCUCUUUGGCAAUGAAGCCUUGACUGACAUCUGUCACUGGACAUCUGUGGAUUUUUCCUUCCUUCUUUUUCAAAGUCGUCUCGUUCCUGUGUUUCCUUGUCACAUCUGCGUGCCUGGACCAUGGCCAUGAAGGAUAUCGUGCUCCCCAUCAGUGAGGUGUCCAGUCCGUACCCAGAGGUCGUGGAACUCAACGUCGGUGGCCAGGUGUACGUCACCAAGCGGUCCACGUUGGUCAGCGUACCUGACACCACCCUCCACACCAUGUUCACCCGCUACGCCCCGCAGGAACUUCCCCACGAUAGCCGAGGGCGCUUCUUCAUCGACCGCGACGGCUUCUUGUUUCGAUACGUUCUGGACUUCCUAAGGGACCGGCAGCUGGUGCUUCCCGAACACUUUCCGGAGCGAGAGCGUCUGCAGCGCGAAGCCGAACACUUUCAGUUGGGGGAACUGCUGAGGCUACUGGGGCCACGCGUGGCCAAGCAGGGAUCUCUAAAUGAUGAGGGCUGUCAAAGUGACAUCGAGGAAAGUUCUCAAAGUAGCGAGUUGGUGACUCGAACCGGAAACAUCACAACGCACCAUGCGACUUUCUCCUCCGGCCUCGACAAGAGGUCAGGGUUCAUUACGAUCGGUUAUCGUGGAUCGUACACGAUGGUGAGGGAUAACCAAGCUGACGCUAAGUUUCGCCGCGUAGCGAGGAUCAUGGUGUGCGGGCGUAUUGCUCUGGCGAAGGAGGUGUUCGGGGACACACUGAACGAGAGUCGAGAUCCAGACCGUCCGCCGGAGAAAUACACCUCACGCUUCUACCUGAAGUUCACCUACCUGGAGCAAGCGUUCGACAGGUUGAGCGAAGCCGGGUUCCAGAUGGUGGCCUGCAACUCCACGGGAUCUGCUGCUUUUGUUAACCAGUACAGAGAUGACAAGAUCUGGAGCAGCUACACAGAGUACAUCUUCUUCAGGCCUGCUUGCAAGUCAGCAUCCCCUAAGCUUGAAUGUGAUGAGCCCAAGUGUGGGAAACUGCUGGAUAAGGCCAGUGAGAGCGGAGCGUCACUAAAUGAGCUCUCCACCUCCAGCUCUGAGACUCAUUCUGAAGCCACUUCACCCCAGGACGGAGGACCGAUCCUGGUGUCACGCGGUGAGGUGGUCGGGGAAACCAGGGCCCCUUGCGGAGCGCUGCGUUCCGUCUCCCGGCCUCCGAGCACUCUCACUCUGGGUCGACCACCAAAGAAAGGUUCCUCCGUGCAGUGGAUGGAGCUACCGGAAAAGAGGAGGAACAGCGAGCUCUUCCAGUCCCUCACCAGUGGCGUGGGUUCGAGGGAAGGUAUGGGGUGCGGUCUGACCCGAAGGAAAACCUUGGAGAGGCCCAGUGCGGAGGAAGAAAUGAAACAGUGUAUCCGAGAGUUUCGAAAGAUCAGGAUCCCGCCGGCAUUCCCGGAGCGCAAGCGGCAGUGGCAGUCGGAACUGCUUCAGAAGUACGGUCUAUAAAGAAACCUCAGGGGGGAUGUUUUACAUGUUAUGUUUUGUUCAAUGAGUUUGGAAAUGCUUAAAGGCCUUGAUGCACA